CAGUUGCAUAAAUUGCGCAAUAUCUCUUUGUCGUUCCCAUUCUCUUCGCAACUUUUCCCAUCAUACUUCGCGCGGUCCUUUCCAAAAUUUCUCAAUUUCGCACGAGGCAGACAGAAUAUUUUAGAAAGAUUUUUAACAAAUUUGACUGUUAAAUCCGUACAAAAAUGCCUCGAGGAGACGAUAACGGGUAAGUUUAAUACUAAAUUCAUCUUUUGAGAUGUUUCUGUUGUUCGUAGAGUAUUUUUUUGUGGCGAUUUUUUUGACUAAUUGACUUGAGAUUUGCAUCAUUGUAAAAAUAGUCCAUAUGACCACAUUUCGCCAAUCAUAAUAUAUAAAUCAGGCAUUUGAGUGUGUGUGAUAAGUGUAUAUUAAGUAGAUUUAUGUAUUUUUUAGGAAAAUUUUUGUUGGUGGAUUAAGUUAUGAGACUACAAAAGGUUAGUAAAAGUUGACAUCUGAGGCAAGUAGGCAACUUCCUACAUUUGCCACAGAAUAGACGAUACAGAAGCCCGACUUGGUUUUUCCUAUGAUUUUGGCAUAACCGUAAUUUGUCAUCAAAAUGCAGACGCCAUGGCACAUUUGAGAUCCAUUUACCCCCCUGAAAAGAUUCAAAAUGGCAAACAUCCAGGGGGGGUAAUGCCUCUCAUAAGUGCACUGGCUAGGCCCAUGGCAUCAGCAUUUUGAUGAUGAAUUGUGGUGUGGUAGCGGUUACCCGAGUUGACCUUCUGUAUGUCUUCAUUCUAUGAUUUAGCUGUGCUCAAAUUUGUCCCGGUAUAAUCUGAUCUAAAUUGACGUCAUCAAUUUUUCAUCUCAAUCUUUCCUUGGGGGCCAGUGUGACGUCAUAAUUGUAAAAUUGGAGAAGCAGUGUUUUAUAAUAAUAAUUAUUACACUUUAUUUUAUUGGUAGGGAUGCAGCUACCUCAAAAAUACAUAGCGAAAUUCAACAUUUUGAGCAAAGUCCCUUCUUUGGGAAGUUAGGUGUAAAAAAAACCCUGUGGUUCCGGUUCCCGACUGACCCUAUUUUUUUCUGCCGACCCUAUUAUUUUUUCAACGCGAUUGACCGUGCGGCCCCAUUUUCUCCAGGUGGUUGCGGGCUGCUCGUACAGCGUGGGAAAAUGGCAUCUGUUGUCACACUAAUUAUUGAACCAAAUUGCCUAAAUUCCUCCAUAGGAAAUGCGCAUCUCUAGUUAAUAUUGAUGUCCGGACUCUACUGCAAAUCGCCCAGCAAAAAACCACCAAAACCAUGAAAAAAUAUCAAAAAAAUAUAUAUAUUUCUGACCUACCGACCCUAAUUUUUUCACAAUAUGAAACCGGAACCACAAGUAAUUUUUUUUACGCCUUAGUAGAGAUGAAGGGCCUUUGCUCGAAACGUCAAAUUUCGCGCUUUGUAUUUUUUCCAGGUAGUUGCAUCCAUACCACCCCCCACCCCCACCCCCACCUGCUCUUGGUGGCCCUGGAUGGAAUAACCUAGUAUGGCAAUAAUUGUAUUCUUUCAGAGGGUCUUGAGAACUACUUCUCCAAGUUUGGUGAGAUUGGGGAUUGUGUCAUCAUGAAAGCAAAAGACCAGGCUGACCCACGCAUUGAACGAUCUAGGUAAUGCAUACUUUAUCUUAAUUUAAUACAUCCUUUCAGAAAGUAUGAUAUCUUGGCUUUAAUAAUAUAGCCUUGUUUUCGUUAGGGAUGAGCCGAUUAAUCGGUACGGCCGAUAAAUCGGCCGAUAUUUGGCGUUUUCAAAAUAAUCUGUAAUUGGCCGAUUAUUUUUUAUAAUCGGCUAUUUGUCGAUAUUCGCAAUUUUUUCGUUUUUUUUAAGAAAAAUAACUCUAUAAUCUAGUAAUCUACACUCCGUCUUGUUUUUGACAUUUUUGUUGUGCAUAUUUAAUCCCAUAUCCAUUAAUUCAUUUGACUCGUACAGUGAUUGAUAAUUGUCCAAUAUGAGUAAAUAUUUUCUGGAACACACUAAAACUAGUACGUCAAUUUGUGGCGUAUACACAAGUAUUAAAAGUUGUCAAAAAACCUUUAUCCGGGGCUUGUACCCCGGUACACAGAAAUAUCGGCCAUAGCCGUUUUCAUGAUUACGACAUGUGAAUUUAGCUGAUGUCACAUACAUGAAAACGAGUGUGUAGCCAAAAUGAUAUACUAUCCGAAAGGGUGUAUUGAUGAAGAAGGGUGUAUUGAUGUAGGGUUUCUGUUUCCACAUUACAAAAAUUAAAAAUUGAUGUUUCCAUUUAGUUUCCAUGAAUGGAAUGUGAGAAUAUUUUCUCUUUAAUGUGAACCCUUGGAAUGUGAUAAUUUAAUGGUAAUUCUGUUUUUAGAGGAUUUGGUUUUGUGACUUUCCAUGAUCCAAGCUGUGUUCAACAGGUCAUUGACAAUCGGCCACAUUAUUUGGAUAACAAAGAGGUGCAGAACUUGUAUUUGCAGUAGUUUAUUCGACUUUAUAUUUUGAGUACUGUAUAAUGUGAUUUUCAAUGUGUAUUGGGCAGAACUAAUGACAUUGAUUUCUUUUAAAAUGAGAAUUUUAUCAAGUGGUCAUAUAUAUGGAAAAAAUAAAAAUGUUUUACAAUUAAGUGAUAGCCAUGCACAAAAAUACUCUCCCUAAAUGAACCCCAAUUUUCUUCAUUUUGUAGAUUGACCCAAAACCAGCAGUUCCCAGAGCGCCAGGAAGUGCAGGCCCGGUAUGUUUACAAUUUUAUCUCGUAUAUUUUAGCAAGGCAGCCACAUGCUCAUAAUUUGGAGCAGUUUGAUCUACAUUCAAACAUAUUGUAUUUGCAUUUCUCAAUCGACAGAUGCCUAUACCAAAGACGUCAGGCAGUCGAAGUUUCAAGAUUUUUAUCGGAGGUGUUGCUCAGGGCACUACAGAAGAUGAUUUGAAGAAUUUCUUCCAAACAUUUGGACCAGUAAGUAACUUGCUUAGGACAACUUAUAACUCAUCAUGACUUCACCAUAGUUACAAAAAGGUGAAGCUGGAUACCCUAGUCACUUGCCAAUUUUGGCCAUGUAUUGAGUUGUGUAUUUCAUUCAAAAGGUUGCAGACGUAUCACUGAUGAAAGAUGUGAAAACCGGUCGUAUGAGGGGUGAGUUACGGUUUGUUGUUGUUAGUACAGUAGGUAAUAGGGUUUAGUUUGUGCUCAUAGUCGUAUCAUUAUCGUGGGUAAAAUUUUUCUGUCAUGUUUUAGCCUUUAAUUAUGUUACUUAUAGACAAGUAUGAGUUAAAUUUAUUAUACUAGUUCCAUGACUUCCUAAGUGAAGUUACAAAAGCAUGCCAAAUUAAUGCAAGUCUUGUUUCUGGGUUACCCAUAUGUACGAGUCAAAUAUAUGUGAGGUCAUUUCCUUCCCUGGGCAACCCCAGGUGGCAUUUGACUCAAGUAUGCCCUAGGGUUUGCCCAGGGAGUGUGGGGAGGGAGGCAUAAUCAUGAUGGAUUUGACUUGUACAUUAAUUGUGUAUUGGUAUGUUUAUUAUUAGAUUAACUAAUAUAUUUAUCACUUAUUAUAUUAUAGAUUUAGUCCUCAAAUUCUACUCUAUAGUUUCUAGCCAUACUUCCUUGGUUAACUAUACGUUCAAAAUUAUAUAAAAAAUAGAGCUCGCUCGUAAAAACUAUUUUCCCCGGCACCAUUCAUUAGCUAUGGUCUUUACAAUCUAAAAUUUAUCAAAAUUAUCUUUAGUUAUAUAUUAUAGAAAUUGAAUUACCAUACCAUAGGCAUAGUUGUUUUCGAUUCUUAAAAUAUUUAGAUUUUUACUAUAGUUUCAACAAAAAAUAUCUGGUAUUUUAGUACAGUAUACUAUAGUCAUACUAUAGAUUUACUACAGUACUAUAAGAUUAUUUUGAAUUAGGCUACUAUAGUUCUCAUGACAAAAUGUUUAGCAGCCAAAAGAAAAUGCUAGCUAGGUUUACUAUAAGCUACUGUAGGUUUAGUAACACAGGAAUAUUUACAUAGUAUUUCGGAAAUGCUGUAGAGCUUUAGUUUUUCUGCUCGAUCAUCACCAACUGUGAUUCAACGUUUUAAAUGGUAAAAUGAUGGUGAGGCCACCAUUUAAAUGGUGAAAUGAAGGUUAACCAUUGGAAGUUUUGCUGGGCAAGUUUUUUUAAACAUCUUGGUGUGUUGUGUCUAAGGAUUUGGAUUUGUUGGCUUUCAUACGGAGGACCCUGUCACGAAGAUUUGUGCCAUUCGUUAUCAUCAAAUCAAUGGAAAAACGGUGUAGUUUAUUGUUCUCUAUCUUCAAAUAAAGCAGUGUUAAUGACCUUGCACAAGUGACAGAAUGAACUGUAUUGCAAGAAAAUUUUUUGGCCACUUAAAAAAUAUGUACAAAAUGAUGAAUUAACCGGAUUAAUAUCAUUUGUGAUAACAAUCUAAUUCUUUAUCGACUGCUGACUCAAUUGGAAAUUCUUUGCUUGUCCAUGACCAUUUCACUGCUUUACAUUUUAUAUCUUUAAUUUAAUACUAUUAUCUUUAGUGCUUAUUAUUUAGUCUACCAUAAGCUAGUUUAAGUUUUAAUUAAUAUAGUUAUUAUAGUUAAGGAAUUGUUUUUUAUUUUGAACUACUGUAGUUUAUUUUUAUUACUAGGAUACUGUUAGUUAUAUUUGUUUAUUUUAAUAAUUAUAUCUGCCAGUUAUAUUUAAUUAAAAUUGACUUUGAUGCCCUUGUUUGUAAUGUUAAAGAGUCAUUUUUGUGUAAACCAAACAAUGUUGUUAAAACAUAAAAUUUAUAGCAAUUUUUUAUUGUGUUUGAAUAUAAUUCGGUUGUUUUGUAGGACACACUACAUUUACAUAUUGAGCAAAACAUUUUUGAAGUAAAAUAUCUCAUUCAGCUUUGACAUUUGACCAUGAAAAAUUAAAUAAAAUUGGCAGUUUAUGUAGUGCUAAGCAUGAGUUCUAAACAGUUAAAUGUUUUCUGAAUAGGUGGAGGCUAAGAAGGCGGAGCCAAGAGACAGCCGUACACCCUCGGUGAUUGGUGGAAAUGCUGGUAUGGGCCGUGGUAUGGCAGCAAUGCAAAGUCCUUAUGCACCAGGUAAAUUUUGUUGCAGAUAUGAGCCAGAGACGGAUUUUCGUUCGGGGGGGGGGUGGAUAAAUAUUUGGGGGGGAUGCUGCUGCUUGCUUUGGCCGGGGCCUGGUGGCAAUGCCCGGAAAGGCCAAGGAAAAAGUUUAACAAAAUUUGCAAAAUUAUUUCUGGGGUGCACCCUCGAAAAUCUGUGCCUGAUAUGAAUAAGAAAGCUUCGGAUUGAUAGCGAUACAGCUACCUGAAAAAUACAAGGAGAACUUCAAUGUUGUGAGUGAAGGCCUUUUGUCGAUUCCAAAAGAAGGGCCUUCGCUCAAAACAUCAAAGUUCUCUUUGUAUCUUUCACCUCUGAAACUGAACGGUUGUUUGAUCGUAAUUUAACCUCGAUGACAUGUGUACUUCAACUUGGCCCUUUGGAAGUUGAAAGAGAACUGACUGUAGAACUAUACAUUUGCCACUUAGUGUUACUUGGUUAUUUGAUGUCAAUAAUAACUACAGUGUCAAUGUUGGCAGAAAUAAACUGGAUGUUGAUGGUGUCUUUGAGCAUUUCAUUAUUGAAUGUGCUUUCAUUGUCACUUCCUACACUACACCAUUGAGUUCUCUUAUUAGAUGUUCUCUGGGAACUUCAAGUCCCUCCUUUGGUAUUAUCUAAUACCUAUGUCCCUCAGAACUGAUAGAGCUAUCCAGUACAGACUAGAUUUGUUUAGUUUUAGUUUGUUUAGUUAUUAUUAGAUGUUCUCUGGGAACUUCAAGUCCCUCCUUUGGUAUUACCUAAUACCUAUGUCCCUCAGAACUGAUAGGGCUAUCUAGUACAGACUAGAUUUGUUUAGUUUUAGUUUGUUUAGUUCUUAUUAUUAGAUGUUCUCUGGGAACUUCAGGUUUCUUCAUUGGUAUUACCUACGGCUUUCAGAACUGAUAGAGCUAUCUAGUACAGACUAGAUUUGUUUAGUUUUAGUUUGUUUAGUGUAUACAGUGAUAGUGAAAUGGUCAUUUCUCUACAGCUGCCUAUGGUAUGGGUGCUUAUGGUGGUGGUGAUGCUCGCAGUAUUUAUGGUGCAGGAUAUGGUGCUCAAGCAGUUUCAGCUCAAGCAAGUCCUUAUGGUGUACCUGGUGCCUCCGUGCCAGUUUCACAAUACUCUGGCUAUGGUACGUAUUGAAAUGGAUGAUUUUACAGGGAUGGAUUUACUGGGGGCACAGUUGAUGGGCAGGUUGCGCACAUGACCGACAUAACUCUGCACCAGAGCUGGCAGAGCACCCAGAUCAUGCUUGAUCCAUCCUUGCACUCUUACGCUAUUGUUGUGUAGAAAGCAUGGAUAGCACAGGCAAUUAACAUGGCUAUAUUUUGUGUGUAGUUUCUGGCGGCAGUGUUACAGCUAUACCAGCUUCGUAUGUGGACAGAACUGGAGCAAUGGGGCAAGAUCCUACUGCUGGACAAGCUUAUGGAGGUUUGUAGUUAGAACGGAUAAUGCGGCCUAUCUAAAGUCGCUCGGUAUACUUUGAUGUUGGUGGUCAGUACAUGUGUGUGAAAGGCUUCAGUACAUGCAAUAUAAAGAUGUCUGAUUAGACUUCAGAUUUCACUUCAGGUUACACUGUAUAUACUGGAUAGCUUUCCGUAGCGACGUGAAAAAACAGCUAUCCAUACCUUUUAGGAACGCUAUUUUCAGAGCAAUUAUUGCAACAGAGAGAUGUUGUUUCACUCUGCUUCUGAAAGUUGUAUAUUCCGUAUCGGAUAGGUGCCUUCGCGCCACUACGGAAAUCUAUCUGGUAUAGUGGAAACGUAGCUUUAGUCGUGGUGUCAGUUUGACAAAACAUCACCAGUUUUCUCCGGGUAAUCUUCCAUUGCCACACCAGGCGUUACGUGGUUAUUUUGAUCAGUAAUAACUGCAGUAUCAUUGUUGGCAAAGAGAAAAUGGAUAAUGGUGAUAUCAAAGAACGCUUCAACUUAUAAUUUGAUGGGGUUCUUGGUAUCUUAUCCAAUAUAUGUUAGCGUCGACGUCUUGCUCCAACCUUCAACCGAAGCGAAGCAUAUUUCUUUGUUUCCUGAGAACUAUAGGCUUGUUAACUUUAUCAAAGUCUCUGUGAUCACAGUAGGAGUUCUGCAUGGGUAAAUUCUAAGUUCAGAAGGAUUUGUAAGAAGUGCUUACAAAUCCUUCAAAACUUAGAAUUUACCUAUGCAAAAUUCCUACUGUGAUCACAGAAACUUUGAUAGUGUAAACUAGCCUAUGGUCCUCUAUGAACUGUCAGUGUGGAUGCAACUAGUUGAAAAAUAUAAGGAGAAAUUCGAUGUUUCGAGCGAAGACCCUUCGUUUGAUGUUUCGAGCGAAGGCCCUCCUUAUAUUUUUCAGGUAGUUGCAUCCCUAACAACGAAAGCUUGUUUAGUUCUCUAUACUCGGUGAUCAAAAUCAAAUUGAUUUAACUUGAUGUUCCUAUCUUUCUUUCCAACAGCUUACGGUGCAUCAAUGGGAAUGUAUGGUGCGGUGGGAGCUCCUACUUCAGCAGCUCAGUCACGUUACAGUGAAUUCACAAGCGUAGCUCAGGGGCAACCCAUGUCGUCACAAGCAGGUGCGAUACCGACCCGCAGUGAAAUAGCUGCUGCAGAAUACGGCGCUGGUUAUGGUGCUUAUGGUAUGUAAAAUAAUGUUGUGUGUACAUUUGAUGGGUUUCAGGCCAGCAGAUAGCAACAGAUGAACUUCCGAAAUUUGAUGCGAGAAAAUUAAACUACGUCUUCCAAUUGGACUUAUUUGCUCACUUGUGAUAACUACAAAGUUUCUGUGAUCACAUGAGUAGGAAUUUUGCAUGGGUAAAGUCUUAAGUUUUGAAUGAUUUGUAAGACAUUUUUGAGGGCACUGACUCAUUGAUAACACUGAGUGAGUUUCCUCAAACAUUUCUUACAAAUCCUUCAAAACUUUGAAUUUACCGAUGCAAAAUUCCUACUGUGAUCACAGAGACUUUGAUAGUGUACACCAGGCUUGAGAGAGGCCAGUUUAGAAUUGGUGAAUUGGAGGUAAAUUGCUCAGAAAUACUUCUACACCAUAUAUCUCUUUCCUAGGUCUUGGCAACUACGCUCAAGAAGCAUCUCAAUAUGGUCCGACACGUGGUGGUCUGUCUGAAGCAGCUUUCGCUGGUGGUGCGGCAGCAGCUGCUGCUGGUGUACCAACCAGUGUAUAUGGUGGUGAACCUGGUGGUUAUCCUUCUGCUAGUAUGUAUGAUGGUAUGGGACGUGGUGGUGGUGGUGGUAAUGCUUCCCGUGGUUACCAUCCGUAUGGACGAUAGACGAACUGAUAGUUCCCGGAGAAAACUUUGUUUUUCACUUCAUUUUAUUUGGAAUAGGAUUUCCAAUAACUUUUUAGGUUUUAUAGUAGAGAUAUAAUAGUGCGUUGUUGGCCAUUAAUGGUGAAAGAUAUCUUAGUCUAGAUAGGGUAUGGCUUGUUUUCAAACGUGGAUGUACUACAGACCUACUGGCGAUCGCAUUUUUAUGCCCCUUACCACUGGGAGAAAGAAAAUGUCCCAUCUUAAUUGUACAUAACAAUGACUAUGAGAUAACA